CUUGAGGGGAGAAUGGCGGUGUCGGUGGGAGCGGCGGUGCUGCGUGUUCGGGGCCGCGCAAGGCCGGGACUUGUGUUUUCAUCAAUACGUUUUUUAAGUUCCUCAGCAACUGAUGACAGAUCUUCAAAAUUUCAGCCUCCACCAAAACCUGUUAUCGUAGAUAAAACUCAGUCAAUAGCAUCACAAAGAAGAUUUGUAAGUCCAGAGUUUAUAAUGAGAAGAGGGAGGACAAAUCCCCUAAAAUUCAUCAUAGAGAGAAAGGACAUGAUUCAGAGGCGUAAAGUACUGAAUAUACCAGAAUUUUAUGUGGGAAGUAUUCUGGCUGUUACAACGGCAGAGGCCAAUGCUAAUAGCAAAGCUAACAGAUUUGUUGGAAUCUGCACCCAAAGAUCAGGAAAAGGAUUAGGUGCCACUUUUGUACUCAGAAACAUUGUAGAUGGACAAGGCAUUGAGAUCUGCUAUGAUAUGUAUAGUCCGUCAAAUUCAACAGAUUGAAGUAUUGAAGCUAGAAAAAGACUGGAUGAUAACCUAAUGUACCUGCGCGAUGCUCGGCCAGAGUACAGCACUUUCGAUUUUAACAUGAAGCCAGCGCCCCACUCUGGUUCUGAGGUCCCUGUCAAUUCACUGAAAGUUAAAAUGAAACCCAAACCAUGGUCAAAACGUUGGGAACGGCCGCGGUUCAAUGUGCAGGGUAUACACUUUGAUUUAUGCCUCACAGAAGAACAAAUGGAAAAAGCCAGAAAACAUGAUAAACCUUGGCUUAAAUAUGAUAUGAUGAGAGAAUACGACACAUCCAGGAUUGAGCUGGAAUUGCAAAAAGAGCUGAACAAAUGAAACAUUAGUGUUGUGCUUGUGUAGCCUGAGUCAAGCACUACCAGUAUAUUGAACACUUGUCACAACUGUUGGUACCAGAAACAAAGUGAUUUGUUUUAAUGAAUUUUUGACAAUUUCAGUCAUCUGGAUGGAAGCUUUAUUAUAUUCAUAUUUAUAAAUAGUAACUACAGAAUUUAGCUUCAAGAACAUUCCAUGUUGAUAAAUUAAUAAAAAAUCAAUGAACUUGGAAGAUCUCAGUAUGAUCAGACGGAAUUGUUUCAUAUUCAUGACGGUAUGCCAAGAUGAAAAGCGUAUUUUAUCUGUGCUUACAUCAUAUUGUCCUGGCUCCCAUCAAAGUUAAAUGUAAACUUGGAGAAAUAAUUGUUUUGAAUUUAAUAAAAACUUCAGGUAUGAGUCA